GCUGUUUGUGAGAAUUUCCCUGAUUGCAACACACCCCGCAGAUCUGUCCCUGAGGUUGCGCAACCCUCUCCCCUAUAAAGAGGGAGGCGCUGUGGCCUCUGGAAUCUGUGGCUGUGCCUGCAAGCCUCCUCCUCCUCCUGCCCUCGCCCAGCCUGGCAGCCAGCAUGAGGCUCUUCCACAUCCUGCUGCUGCCUCUCUGCCUGCUCUUCGCCCAGGUGGGCCCAGAUGGAGGGCACAGACCUCAGAUGGAGGGCACAGGCCUUUGCAUGAGCAGCCCCAGAGAUCAGUGGGGGUGAGGUGCUGGCCUCCUUGCGGGUAUGGCUGCUAAGGGUCUCAAGUGCCUUGAAGGGGAGCACUGCUAUUUCUCCUGCCCGGAACACACUAAGCAGAUUGCAACAUGCUACAGAGGAGCGGCCAGGUGCUGCGGUUGAGCUGGAGCCUCGGGGGAGACAAAGCCACAGGAAGGUCUUGUAAGCAUCAUUUUCCUAGAAGAAAACCUUUUUUUAAAGCACGGCUCCUUUGGACCCACAUGAACCCUGUGUCUCCUUUCUGAGGAGGUUAGGAAAGCCAGGUUAGAAGCCAGACAGGCCAGGCUGCUCAGCCUGCAAGCUCAGGACGAGGGUGGUGAGCAGGGCUGGGGACACAUCACCACCCUCAUGUCAUUACCAAAACAACAUGCUUAUAAGUAGUUCCUGUGGCUUCAACCCAUGAACCAGGAAGUCACUGUUUGAUUCCUGGUCAGGGCACAUGCCUGGUUUGUGGGCUAGAUCCCCAGUAGGGGCCUGCAGGAGGCAGCCAAUCAAUGAUUCUC